AUGGCGAAUCUAGAGCCAGGUAUAUUUGACAGGGGUGCCCUGUCAUUUAUGUGUUAUGAGGACGCUUUCCCACAGGAGGCGUGGGAGAGGAAGCGAAAGAUGAGGAAUGCAAAAGAGCUUCCUAAACCAGCAAUGCUUCCCAUUACCAGCAAAAUAAAAGAAGCUAGCCAAUGGGUUGCUAAGCACAAUAGUGUGAAAGUGGAGAGAAACCAGUCUGGGAACAACACUCCACCUCCCCCUCCAUCAAGUUCCGGGAGUGACAUACCACCCCCUCCUCCAUUAAGUUCCAGGAACAGGUCAGGGAACAACAUCCCAUCCCCUCCUCCAUUAAGUUCCAAGAACCAGUCAGGGAGCAACAUCCCACCCCCUCCUCCAUUAAAUUGCUGGAAUCAGUCAGGGAGCAACAUCCCACCCCCUCCUCCAUUAAAUUGCUGGAAUCAGUCAGGGAACAGCACCUCACCCCUUCCUCUAUUUAGUUCCGGGAGCGAAUCUGACACCGUAUCAACUCCACCCUCUGCUGUUCAUAAUCAACACUAUGCCCAUUUAGGCCAUUAUAUAAGGGACAAAUUUCACAAACAACAAAUUUGUGACAUGGCCUUUAAAGUGGGAGAAAAAAUUAUACCAGUCCAUAGGAUCGUCUUAGGGUCACAGAGUCCAUUUUUUGCCAGCAUAUUUGAAAGGGACUCGUUUUCUCAAGAGGCAGUUGCACCAAAAAUAAUUAAGGUGCGUGGUGUAUCGGAGGAAUCGGUCAUGUUGUUUCUGGAGUUUUUAUAUUCCGGAAACAUCAGCAUCAAAACAACAGUCAUUGCUGACCUUCUGAAAUUAGCACGUGUCUUUCACGUUCAAAAAAUCCAAAGACUGUGCCUGAAUCAGGUAAAAGAGGCCAACAACGAAGAAUUACUCAAUAUUCUGCCAAUUGUGAAAGGUAUAGAAGAAAUAGAGUAUUGUGAUAACAUCAUGAAAGUAAUAGGAAAAAACUUUCUUGAUGUAAAGGAAAGCACAUCAUUUUUCAACUUGGAUAUUGACACAUUGUGCAUGAUUUUAUCACAUGACACAUUAACCACUAAAUCCGAGCUGGAUGUAUUUUACUCGGCCAUCUCAUGGAUGCACCAUCAUGAUUUUGAAAAUAGAAUCCGACAUUUAGAAAAACUCAUGAGGUGUGUAAGAUUUCCUUUGAUGUCAAAAAAAGAGCUAUUCCGCUGCUUCAAAAUGUUUCCAGCUUUGCGAAAUGAGCCAAAAUGUGUGGAAAUGAUUACUAUGGCCAAUUGGUAA